AUGCAGGGGAGGCUGAGCCCGAGUGGGAGCCCUGGCCGCUGUAAGGAGCUGGUGCGGAGGGGUGAGUGAAUUGGGCUGUCUCUCUUCCCGUCCGUUUCGGGAUGGGGCGUCGGUUUCCCCCACCCCCCACCCCCACUCCCUUCCCUCACACACGGGCUCCCUGCCCCCCCCCACCUUGAGCAACUGCCAAGGUCCUCAGCUCUCUCCCCCCCAUCGCCCCCCUCUCUCUGUCUCUCUUUCCCCUUUGGACUGCCCUGAGUUAGAAGGGGCUUCGGGGUGGGGAGAGAGGGAGGAGGAAGAUUUGGAGCCCUGGUGGGGGGAUACGUGUUCCCUUGGAGGGGUUGGGGUGGGUCAUGAGGGGCCCCUGAAAGUCCCCAUGAGGGAAGCAGGGGCAGUGGAGGAAGGGGGUGAGAGAGCCUUCCAUUCCCCCCCCUCCUUCCAACUUUGGGGCAUGUAAAUCUUCCCUGACUUCCCACCUCUCCAACACCCCCACCCCAAAUAUUAGUGUCUCCUCCCCCAUCUCAGAAGGUGAGUUGGUUGCAGUCUCUAGUCAGAUUUUGUGUCUGUGGAAGCUUCCCCUCCUUUUAGCUAGGUCUUAGGAUCCGCUUGAUCUGGGUGCAUUUUUACUUGGUAAAUUCAGAGGCUUGCUUCCCACCCCAGGAUGUGUGACUAGGAGAUUGGGGGGGGGGGCGUCACUGCCACUUUGUGUGCCAGGGUGAAUUUAGAUUGGAGUGGUAUUAAACCCGCCCUUAUUCACAAAAUUGUGUGGUUUUGUUUUGUUUUGUUUUUUGGUGGGAACUCCCCCUUCCCCUUUUUAGGCUACAAGGUAAGGAUCCACCCAUGGUCCAAUCCUGGGCAAGUUUUCUCAAGGCAGGUUGCCCAAAUUCAAAAGGGGCUUACUCCCAAGUAAGUGUGUGGGACUGCACCUUUUUAAUAUGUGGCUUGAAGUGGUGGCAGGGUGGAAGCUGCUAUUUUAACCAUCCUGGUGUGCUCGGAGUGGGAUGGUUAAACUGUGGUUAAACACAUAUGCGCACACCACUUUCUCAUAAAUGUUUGGAAUGUGUGGUCAUUGGUUUUGGGUUUUUCUUUUUGAAGGAGGCACUUCCCCCUUUCAGAAAUUAAAGAUCAUUUAAUAUGCAGAGGCAGUUGACACUGAUGUUUUUCGGUCAUUCUUCCGCCUACGCUUAAAUCCACCCCAAACACGCUUUCGCUACCUCCCUAUACUGUGAAAUAUUGUAAUCUGUGUUAGUCGUGAGCAUGGAACGUGGGUGUGGUUUUUCUUGUUCCAAAUGAAUGUCCCCAAGGGAGAGGAGGAAAAUGGGAAAGGGUCAGUCCCUUCCCCUCCACGCCCCCAAAGUCUGGCACACUGACACCUUCCCCACCACCAGUAGUGCAAGAUCACCAAUCUCCUGUCUCCUCCUUCAGGAAGUCAAUUUUUGGACUGUGGUCAUAAUACAUCAUUUUGGAGGUGCUUCCACAAUUGAGGGUCAGAUAAAUAUGACCUCUUGUUGAUACCUCAGUGCUGAAGAGGCUGUUCCCUUAUUUAUUUCUUUAGUGUCAUCUACAUCAUGUAUGUGGAUGACACUGCUUUACAAAAUUGCUUUACAAAAAAACAGGUAUGACAGGUCCCUGCCCUGAGGAGCUUGCAUCCUGAAAUAGACAUGAGACAAACAGGAGAGGAAGUGAGGGAAAAAUGAGUAGGAGAUCCAUUGUGUUCAGAAGACUUGCACACAUCCUCAGGGGUGACCAAAGUCUUCCUGGGAAAGGGCUCAGUGCCCUGGUUGUGGGCUUCCCAAAACAUUCCAGGUGAUCACCACCAGGAAUGAAAUGCGGGACUAGAUGGGCCUUUGGUCUGAACUAGCAGAUCUUUUCUUCUGUUCUAAGAUGCUGAGGAUUACUUAAUUUAUGGGGUGGAGCACUCAGUGUUCUUGACUUCGCUGGUGCCCUAGUAGUAUAGACUUCUCGUUGCCACCUUCAUACAGGGUGAGGUUUUGGGGUGACAGCUCUGUCUCUGUUGCCUUUUCCCUUUCAACAAGUCUCUUAUUAAGUAAGAGACCUUUCCUAGUCUGCAUCUGUACCGGAUAUGCUUUUAGAUGUUUUAUCGCCUUUGUUUGAUGGCUACUAGCCAUGAUGGCUUUGCUCUGCUUACUUGCAGUAAUGCUUUUGAAACCACAGGAGGGAAAGCGCUCUUGUGUUUGGGUCCUGCUUGGGGGCUCCCCAAUCUUUUUGUGGUACUUACUCUUUUUUUGUGGCUCAGGUACAGGAUCCAGGUCUUGGGGAGGAGCUUGCAGUGGUUGUCAAAGAGAUAGUUGGGUGUCUUUUUCUCUGAAGAAUUAAGGGAUAACAACGAAAGUGCUUUGUAGCUAGUGAAACGAGAAGUGGGAUUUCCCUAACUGUAGAAAAUGUGUUCCCUUUUUUUUAACUGGCUGUGUAGGAAACGUGCAAACAAAACGCCACAUUCCAGUGUGGUUUGCUUUUCCAGUCAUUAUUCAUAUUCUCUUCCUAUCUGAAGGGUGUGGAGGUAGAUUUUUUUAAAAAAAGCAUAACACCCUGCCCCCAAGGGGGUUUAGUGUUUACUCGAGCAGUGAGUUCAGAGGUGUGUUUUUAAAUAAAGUAACAAUAUUCAUUUUUUAAAAAAAGUUAAUACUAAUAACCUAAAAUACUUCGUUUUGCACAAUUUGUAUUUCUUUGUUUCUGAAAUACUGGCCUUUGAGCUAAAAGUUGUGGCCAAGUAGGUUCAUAAAAUACAUAUCUCUUAUAAUUUAGAUUUAAAUGCAGCCACUAGAUUUUUGUCUUUCUUUCUUAAAAAGCAAAUCUUAAGGUGUGCAUUUCUGAGGGUAUCUUUUUUAAUGAAAGAGAACUGCCAGUAUAAUGAAGUGCUGCUCUUAAAAAAAUAUUUUGGACAAUCCAUUUAAAUCAGGGAUGGCUAGUGGAUAUUUUGGACUAUCCAUUUAAAUCAGGGAUGUUCUUCCAGCCAGGGUUGGGCAGUCCCACCCAUCAGCUCCUGCCAGCAUGACCAACGGUCAAGGAUGAUGGGAGUUGUAGUCCAACAACAGCUGGAGGGCCACAGGUUUACCCCUCCACACACACAUUUAAAUAUGCACGCAGUGGUAACACGAUGCCAAGGCCAUAGUGUUAAGUUAACCAAUUUGUGGCAGUGUAAUAGAAACGUGUUUGUUAAUGACAAAUGACUAACAAUUGUUGCAAGCAGUGGUUAAGCAAACAUUAACUGGAAGUUGUUUCCUUUUACGGCUACCAUUGAGAAGAAUGUUUGCACUCUUCAGGCAAUCUGGCCAAAACAAUUGAUGCUCUGUCUCUUCCAGAAUGGCUUUGGACUCCAGUGGGAUGCCUAUCCCUUAAAUUCUUUGAAUAGACUUUCGAACCACAAAUUUCCUCUAAAGCUCCUGGAAGCUCUGCGUUUUUCAAUUGCCUUGCUGUGCUACUCAAAGCAGAGGUGGGGAGACUGUGGCCUUACCAAAUGCUAUUUUUAUUAGUAUUAUUGCGUUUAUAGCUGAAGGUGGUGCACAUGGUUCUCCCCUUCCCUGUUUUUUCCUCACAGCAACCCUGUUAGGUAUUAGAUAUUUGUUGUCUAGCUGACAGCCAACUAGGUAGCUUCAUGGCACUGAACUCCUAAAGAAGAACUUCAUCUUCCUUAAGACUCACAGAUCACUUUUUGCACAGCACAGACUCUCAGUUGGCCUUUGUAAUAGAGGUGUAUUCUAUCCAGUUUCAUUAAUAUUGGAAUUUGGAUUUUUUUUUAGUGGGUCAGCAUGGCUACCUUUGCUCUUCCAGUAGGCAUCUAAUUCCAGUCCUUCUUCCCAUCCCCAACUGAGCAACUUCAGUGAUGGAGGGCUUAGCAAUUUUUUUCAAACAUUCAAGAAAGGGUGGUAGCUUUGGAAAUGUAUCUCAAGCCCAAGGGCUAGAGCAAGUUGCAUAUAUUAGCUGCAUGUAAUUACCAUAAUUUGUAGGUCAUUUCCACAAAUGUGCUGGGUGCCAACUAGCGAGAGACAGAUACGUUUCACUCCUGCAAUAAUUCUGGUUUUGAAUGGUUAACAUCAAAUAUGCAAAACCCUAGCCCCUCAUGCCACCCGGCCAGUGAAUCUGAAUAAGCUCUGGAGACCAUGAGAUUUCCAAUGCUCCAAGCUAACGCUUCUCCCUGCCCCACUUUAAGUUUUAGCAUGAAGACCAAAGCAUGGCCCAACAAACAUCACUUUUUAGCACUGUUAUGUGUGAUGGGGUGGAUUUAGACGUUCUCUGUAGCAUCAGAUGUUCAGGCUGCCUUUAUUUUAUCUUUACAAAUGUUGAUAUUUUGAGCCUUCAAUACUAGUAAGAAUUUUGAUUGUGGUAUAGUUGUCACAUAGGCAGCAUUCAAAAGUUGCCAGACGCGUUUUGCACCUGGCUAUUGGCCACUUGCGACCAAGUGAAGAUGCCUGGGCGUCAGAAUGGCACCUGACAUCUCCACCAUCUGGAGCUGCAUGCCUGGGGAUCCUUGGAUCUUAACAGUUUUCACACACCAGCAACACAUCUUGUAGAAUUGUACCUGAUCUAUUUUAUCUGCACAAUCAGAAUGAAUUUCAGGAGCCAGAAGGUCAUAUUGAAAAACAUGACUUACAAACCAUCAAGCCCCAAAAUGGCAACUAGACAUUCCAUUUUGGAUGCUUCACUGCUGAUAUGCAUUAAAAACUGGCAAGAGUUUUAACAGUCUGGAUGGAAGGGUAAUAAUCAACAAGGAAGGUGGGUGGGUGCGUACCAUCAAUGUUGGGUGGAUAAGAUUAGGAUCUUAACCAUUGGACAGGACAUCUUUCCCAGAUUUUUACCUGUAACUGAAAACCUAUACUAUCUCUCCUUUUCAAAAAAUAAAAGUAACUAUUUUGAAAUCGUAGGUUCUGGACUUCAUGAAUGCCCAGCCGUGUUUUGAAGACUUGUGACCACUGCUGUUGGGCUCAUGGUCUAUACACUCACUGCGAGAGAAGAGGCACCCUUGGAAUACCCUGCCAGGAAGAACAGGGUAUGUAUCUGCUUCUGUAAAGAUCUGCGCUGCUCAGCCUUAGGAGGUAGUGGGGAGGAGAGGGGGAAAUCCUCCCUUAGCUGUGUUGUGAUUGCAAGUCAGGAAGCUUCGGAGAAUGAAUGAAAAGUUGUCCUUCCUAUCAAGCAGUGUUAAUGCUGGAUGCUGGUAGAUUAACAGUCUGGUUGUGUUAGCUUCGUUCCAAUGGAAACUCUUAAACCUCUCUGUUAUACUAUUAGUUGCACUGGAUUCCCACCCACUCCCCAGAACACCUUUGUUUAUUUGUAGAAAAGUUUUAAGAUUUUCACAGUAGAAGAAUUCCCUCUCCCUAGUUGCACACUUGGUGAUAACAGGACAUAUAGUAUUGCGCCUCAAUUUCCCACAUCUCUCACCUCCUCAUCUCCACCAAUCUCCACCUCAAAUGUCAUGGUAGUUUCCUAAAUGUGUACAGUAAAGGUAAAGGUAAAGGUACCCCUGCCCGUACGGGCCAGUCUUGCCAGACUCUAGGGUUGUGCGCUCAUCUCACUCUAUAGGCCAGGAGCCAGCGCUGUCCGUAGACACUUCCGGGUCACGUGACAAGCUGCAUCUGGCGAGCCAGCGCAGCACACGGAACGCCGUUUACCUUCCCGCUGGUAAGCGGUCCCUAUUUAUCUACUUGCACCCGGAAGUGCUUUCGAACUGCUAGGCUGGCAGGCGCUGGGACCGAACGACGGGAGCGCACCCCGCCGCGGGGAUUCGAACCGCCGACCAUGCGAUCGGCAAGUCCUAGGCACUGAGGUUUUACCCACAGCGCCACCCGCGUCCCUGUGUACAGUACUGCGUCUUUAAAGUCACAUAUUAAGCAAUUUGUGGUUGUAGUAGACACAUAUACGGACUUUCGCAUUCUGCAAGCAUAUGCAGGAACUGAAGAAAGGUUCAAAAGAAGUAAAGGCGGGAUGGCAGAGAGAAGAAUAAAGGAAAUCCAAUGUGUUGUAGUUGAGAAUAUCCACAUUAAAUAAUGCUGCAAAUAACUGGUGUUUGAUUUAUCCCAGGGAUGAUGAAAUACCACACAAUGAAGACAACUUGCAUUUUAUUUAUAGCCUUUUUACCCUGCUCUUUAGCCAAGAAGGCUCUUAUUACAAGGGGCGGUAAUAAGACGGUCUCUGCCCUCUGGCUUGUUAUCUAAAAGACAUGGCACAUAAGGAAAAAGGGGUAGGAAGGGCAGAGGAAAAGGGCAAGCUCAAGCAUCAGGUCUUAAAGGUGCAGCUCUUGCCAUUACCAGCUGAAAUGGAAACAGUUCGGGAUUCCUCAUGGAAUGGUUGCUGCUAAGUGACAAUCAAGGGGUGGUCAAAGGCAUCUGGGAUUUCGGCAGUAGCACAAUGGGGGCUGUUAAAAGCUGUGCCGGACUUGCAGCAGCUUUUUCCGUGUUGACUGCUAUGAAGUAGCUUUUUAGGCAGAACUAGCUAGAGUUCUGUGAAGUGGGUCUCUCUUAGGGGCUGCUGAACCCGUGGCGCUGGAAUGUGAGAUGCUGUCAUCUUGAGGGCCUUGAGUUCAAGGUACAAGGUGUUUUGUUUUUCAACGGUGAGCAUGUGGGUGGCCAAGAACAAUGCUUGGCAGUUAUGGGGCACUUUGUGCAUUCAGAGUUAUGUACAUUCGCUUCUGCAGGAAGCUAAAGCAGGCGUGCAGAGUUAAUCCUGAUAAAACAAAUGGGACUGGGGAGAAGCUGAGGCUUGCUUAAGGCAGCUGAGUGGGGCCCUGCUCAACCAUACGCCUCCCCAGGUGGCCUUGGGCCAGUCCCCAUCUCUCAGCCUAGCCUAUCUCCCAGGCUUGUUGUGAGGAUAAAAUGGGGGAGUAGAGAACCAUAUGCAUUACCUUGGGCUCUUUGAAGGAAAGGUGAGAUAGAAACAUAAUAAAAGCCGUAUUGGCCUGAAUAUAAGCUGCAUCUUUAAAAUUGAAGGGGGAAAAAGAAAAAAAGACAAUACCCGAAUAUAAGCCACUCCUUUAAAAUUCCGCAGGCAUUCACACUCAUUCCAUUUUACCAUAUGUCUGUUUCAGGAGAGAUAUCGGAAAAGCCUAUUUUUGUAAGUUCGCAAAUUUAAGCCACACUCUCACUUUUCACGGUCGGAAUUUGGGGAAAAAGUGAGGCUUAUAUUCAGGCAAAUACGGUAGUUUUUAAAGUGGGGGAACUCUCUGUCUCAUACGUGGGCGGCUAGAUCUCAAGGAUUGUAUCCAACUAUGCUAUUGUCAGAGUAAACUCAGUGAAAUUAAUGGACCUAGGUUGGUAUUGCCCAUUAUUUUCAAUGGGUCUACUCUGAGUAAGGCUUGCAUUGGAUACAGCCCCAUGUCUGGACCAUUACAAAAUGCAUGUGAGGGCCAAACUAUACAUUCCAUUAAGGAUGUGUUUACAGUUGCGCCCUUAGAAGUGUGGCAAGUGCUUUCUUAGAAUCAUAGAGUUGGAAGGGACCCUGAGGAUUAUCUAGUCCAACCCGCUGCAAUGCGGAAACAGGCAGCCAUCCCAUACGGGGGUCGAACCUGCAACCUUGGCGCUAUCAACACCAUGCUCUAACCUCAGGAAACAAAGAAGUGGUGGUGAAAUCCAGAUGAGAUCUACAAGGUAGGGGAUUAGCUCCUGAUCACCAGAAAAUGUUAUCUGUUGAAGCUGCUAGUUGCACACAUUGGUGCUGUCUGCUGAAACUAGCACUUUGCCGGGGGGGGGGGGCGGAAUGGGGGAAUAACAGUGGGAAAGUGGUAUGUGGGGAAUGGGUUAAGCCACUCCCUCUUCAUUGCACUUCCUAGUUGCUGCUUAAAAAACCAAACAAACCGAAAGAAAGCACUGGCCAUACAUCUAAGCAUGCAAUUGUAAACCCACUAUUACCAGGAUGUGUAGCUUGGCUCAGAGUUUUAGGGAAAUGCAGAUUUGCAUCUGGGUUGCUGGUUCCCCCUCGCACACACACCCCUUUUCAAGAACACACACAUUUCCCAGAUAGCGAUGUGGGUUUUCUGGAAAACUUUGCCUUGGCAAAUUUCCCAGAAAACUCUGGAAAAUGUCCCAAUGCCCUGUAUCUUUAAAAGAAAAAGUUAUUCCAAUAGUCAAAGAGUUGAAACGAAAUAUUUGAUUGAGGGCAAGGCAGUGGUGUUGGUGUUGGAAAUCGACAAAGUGUACACUUUUCAAGCCGUUCCUGGUUUUAUUGAAAGCAUUUCUAUUUGAAUAUCUGCAAAUAGUGUAAGACGGGACCCUUCCCUUAAAAAUGUUAAGAGAGAGGAAAAAAGAAGGGACUGAAAACUUUCCCCUGGCUGCUUUUGGCAUCCCCUGAGAGCAGUGUGGGAAGGACCAUAGCUCAGUAACAGAGCAUCUGCGUGGCAUGUAGAAGGUUCCUCUACAUGCAUCUCGGCAUCUCCUGGUAGGGCUAAGACUUGUAUGAAACCCUGGAGAGCCACUAUCAGAAAGUGUAGACAAUACUGAGCGAGAUGGGUCACUUUUUCUGACUCAGAACAACACAGCCGAAUCAUUUGGGGGAAUAACCAUAGCUCAGAAGGCAGAGCAGCUGCUUUGAAGGUUCAGUCCCUGGCAUCUCCAGGUGGAGCUGGGGAAAGACAACUGCCUAACGUUCUGGAGAACUGCUGCCAGUCAGUGUAGGAGGCAGUGCUCAGCUAACGAAUGGUCUAGCUCAGGAUAAGGAAACCUCCUGUGUUCCUGUUGCUUGCCAUGUCAGUUAGGUAAAGGGACCCCUGACCAUUAGGUCUAGUCGUGACCAACUCUGGGGUUGCAGCGCUCAUCUCGCUUUAUUGGUCGAGGGAGCCGGCGUACAGCUUCUGGGUCAUGUGGCCAGCAUGACUAAGCCGCUUCUGGCGAACCAGAGCAGCACACGGAAACGCCGUUUACCUUCCCAAUGGAGUGGUACCUAUUUAUCUACUUGCACUUUGACGUGCUUUCGAACUGGUAGGUGGUCAGGAGCUGGGAUCAAGCAACAGGAGCUCACCCCGUUGCGGGGAUUCGAACCGCCGACCUUCUGAUCGGCAAGUCCUAGGCUCUGUGGAUUAACCCACAGCGCCACCCGGGUCCCACCAUGUCAGUUACACCUGUUGAAAUUCCCUAGUCUGCACCCUUAGAAUCACAGAACAGUAGAGUUGGACGGGACCGUGAGGGUCAUCUAGUCCAACCCCCUGCACUGUAGGAAUCUGUUGCCCGGUGUGGGCAUCAAACCUUGAGAUAAAGAGUCUCAUGUGCUACUGACUGAGCUAUAUCCAGUCAAUGGUUAAAGGUGCAGUGGCCCUGGCCUCAUUUUGACCCCCACUGGCCAGCCUAGUACUUGGUCUCGUUCCAAAAGCCUCUGGCAAGAGAGAUUUGUCCGUUUGCAAGCUGCCUCCUGGAGGGUGAGAAGAGGGUAUCCAAAAGAGGGAACGAACAAACUUUUGGUACUGGCUCCUGAAGGAAUGUGGUCCUUGGCAGAAGAAAGGUUGUUCACUCCAACACUUUUAAUAAUUCACAUUAUUUUUCCCCCCCAAAGAUGGGCAGUAUCAGCCUCAAUUUUUAAAGCAAAAGUACAUAAGUUGGAGCCAAAUAUGAUAAAACUUUUCCAGAUUUCAGUAUCUAAUAUAAUCGGCAGCUGGUUCCUCAGAAGUGCCAAGCGCAGGCAAUCUUAGCCAGAUUUUUCUACGUCUUCAGAGUCAUAAAGGGACCUCACAGGUCACCUUGCCCACCCCCUGCUGCUCAAGAAAUCUGCUGAUGCCGUGUCCCUCUGAUAGUCGGCCAGCCAGCAUCUGCUUGGAAACCUCUUAGUGAAGGAGAGUCCACGGUCUUCCAAAACGACCUGUUCCAGUGUUGAACAGCUUGUACUUUCACUAUGUCCUUCCUUAUGUUGGGUGCAGAGGUAUUGGUACAGUCACUCUUGAGGAGGGCCUGGGAGCUGCUUACAUCAAGCCUGGGAGUUUCCUUACUUACAACACCCAGGAGGGGAGGCCUUGGAGACAACCAGUUAUCCAGAUGAGAAACUUGAAGAAGCCGCCUUAUACGGAAUCAGAUAAGUCUGGCAAAUGCACCCGCCAUACAUUAAAAGCACACCAAACACACUUUUAAAACACCUGACUUCCCCCAAAGAAUCCUGGGAAGUGUCGUUUCUGGCUCACAGAGCUACAAUUCACAGUACCCUUAACAAAGCUACAGUUCCCAGGAUCCUUUGGGUGAAAUCACAUGCUUUAAAUGUGCCUUGGAUGACCUAUAAGUCUAUGGUAGUGGAUCUGCCCUUAGUCCAUCUAGCUCAGCAGCGUCUGCUACUAAACCAACUGGCAGCGGCUCUCAAGGCUUUCAGACGGCAAUCUCUACCUGGAGACAAAAGGACGAACCUGGGACCUUCUGAAUGUAAAGCACAUGCUGUAAACACUGAACUAUGCUCCUUCCUUUGCGCCCCACUCCAAAAAAAAACCUAUACCCCUCCCCAAACAACUAGGAGAGCUGCUAAUAUAUUCUCAUUCCCCCCUCUCUUUGGAUUGUUUUAAUUUUAAUUUUAUUCCGUUUAUAUCUCGCUUUUCCUGCAAGGAACUCAAGGUGGCAUUCAUGGUUCUCCCCCUCCCCAUUUUAUCUUCACGACAACCCUGUGAGGCGGUUUAGGCUGAGAGAUGGUGAUUAGUCUCCAUGAUCACCCACUGAGCUUCCUUGCGGAGUGGGGAUUUGAACCCUGGUCUCCCAGGUCCUCUUUAACCUCUGUGCCACGCUGAAAACAGCACAGCUUUGCUCUUGAAUCUCUCUCCUGCUACUUGAAACACUCCCCUGCAGAGUGUUUCUGCUGCAAUGCAGCGCUGUUGUGUCCAUUCGUUAUGUUAUUAAUUAAUUUUAUAAAACAGUUCAUUUUUAGAAAUGGUGUAACUGUCCGUAGAAAAUUGUUUUGGAAGGUUUUUUAUAUAUUUUUCCAUUGCAAUAAACGUUCUGCAGAAAACAUUCCAUUCUGCACUGGUGUUGAUAGUAAACGGUGGCCAAGAGCAGGAAUUGCUCAUCCUUGAUAUAGCAGACCUCUCCAAGUCAGUAAACAAAAGUGUUUUGAACCUUUUCCCUGCUGUAACCAAGGGCAAGUGUCUCUGUGGAUUUGGUGUGUUGAGUGUGCCUGUGAAGACUUCCCUUCCGAUGUGCUGAUCUAAUGCAUCCAAUCCCUACAGCGUCUUUGCUCAGUGGAUUCUUGGUAGCGCAUGUCAUGGUGUGCUCAGGGGUGAACAUUGGGGGGCUGUUGAUUUUCUUGUUCUUCCUUGCUGCUUCAGGGAGCUGCAACCCUCCCUGAACUCAAAGCCUUCUGGAGCCUGCUCUGCUAAGAGGCCGCUUUGGAUAUCAAGAUGGAGAUUUGGCAUCCCAGCGUAUUCAGCUGUUGAUGUUUUGCAAUAUUUAUUAAAGGUGGUUCUGAAGAAAUAAGAAAUAACACUUGUCAACACGCACAUUUCCUAGGGAGCACUACAGUUUUUGCCAAAACACAGCUUUCCUCUCCAUUUAAACUUUUGCUGUAUUGUAUAGUUAAUCAAUAUUUUGAUUAUACAGCAGCAGGGCCCAGUGGCAAUCAAUAUGCCGAUCAUUUGUUAAAAGUCAGCAUCUGGUAGCAAUCUCCCUUUGAACAUGUGUUUUUAAUAAGUAGAAGAGGAGCUUUUAAAUGUCUGUUUCGUUUUGCAAACUGUUGCCCUUUCUCAGCUGCAAACAGCAACAUCAAAUCAAUCUACCAUGUUUCUUACCGUUUUGCUCAGCAGAGCUGCUGAGGUUGAAUGUAUUAGAUCUGAAGGAUGCAUUAAAUCGGCACAUCUUGAAGGGAAGUGGCACUCAGCUGUCAGUCCCUUCUCCCCGUGUGCCGUCCCAACCGCUACCGCUAUUCUGUGCUAUCCACAGGUUGAAAGCCUGCUUAAGCGAUCAAAGCAAACUUAAUCCUGGAUACAUCAAGUCUUGUUGGACUGCACUUCCCAUCAGCCCCAGCUGGCAUGACUAGGGAUGAUGGGAACUGGAGUCCAACAACAUCUAGAGGGCACCACGUGGGCUACCACUACACUUGGGGCACUGUAAGGAGCGUGUGAGAAGCAGAAUCUCAGCCUCACGUUAUGUUGUUUCCUAUCGAUAACAGUCCCUGGGAGGACCCCCCUGUAGCAGCAGUAGCCUAAGAUUAAAGCAUUCACAUUCAGAAAGGCUGUCCUUGAUCUGUUGAUUUGGGGGAGAAAGCAGGUUUGGGAUACAGAUUUGCAGUUGCACAUACAAGGUCUGGCAGUCUGUGACUUGUGGGAUGCAGGAAGGAAUAGGCUGUACUCCAAGCUCCACUCUACAUCUGGCUCCACCCCCAUAGCCACUAUUUUGCCCUUGUCUCUGCUUGGUGGAUGUUGGUGUUCUAGUAAAACACACACACACACACACACACACACACACCCCGCAAACCCAGAUCCUACAAGCCUGGAGUCUGCCUACCUUGUCUUAUGGCCCUGAAAAUGGGUAGUGCAUGCAGGAGUACAGAUCCCUGGUGUUUUGUCCCAGGCCACUUUAAGGGCUUUGGUUAAGAAAGCUGGGUUUAGAUCUAAGAAAACGAUGGCAGUGUUGGCUUCCAAAGCAUAACGCCUUGGUCUAGGUCAGGUGUGGGGAAACUUUUGGCCCUCCAGGUGUUGCUGAACCACAGCUGCCAUCAUCUCUGGCCCCUUGGCCAUGCUUGCUAGGACAAAUGGGAGUUGUAGAUCAGCUCCAUCUGGAUGUCCAAAAGUGUACCACUCCUGCUCUAAAGAUACUAUCUACAUCUUUCUAUGGAAGCUAAUGUUGGUGUGCAGUGGUGACAAAGAAUAUCAAUAUCAAUUGCAACUACAGCUGCCUCCCUUGCUAGUUGUGGAAUCUCUUUUAAAGAGCUAUUUCUGGCUUGCAUGAAGCAUUUAAGAGUGCAACAUGGUCCUUACUGGGACUUUGAGGCCCAACUGAACACUUGGAACAGCUGCUCAUGCAGGUUUGUCAAAUGAUUUAGACCGGUUGAUGACUACUACCAGUGCCCAGUUCCUUCCUCCUGAGUUGUUCUCCUUUCCUUCCUCUGUACAGAAAUUGUCCUCACCUACCCAGUGUCCUCAAAAUAAAAGUGAGCUUUAACAGCGACGGUUUCAUCAGACUUGCAUAUUUAUAGGUAAACAGUGGCAUGCAAAUUAGCUUUGUUAGCAACCUUUCCUGAACAGGCUGGAAUGUGUUGCUCUUCUAACUCUCCAGCCAGGAACUGCUGUUUCCUUUAUAGAAGCCGCUUGGCCUGAAGACGAAAAAGAAUGUUUGGCUUUGUAGAGGCGGCGUCUGCGCCCUCCUUGUUGCUGCAAACACAACAUGCUUCUCCAGGGACACCAUGGUGUGUUUAGCACAGUCACAACCUAUUUAAAUUUGUCUCCUUACUACACCCCCCCCCAGCUGAUUUUGGACCAGGGCUAUUGUCAGUAGUGGGUCACUUAACAUCCAAGUGUUAAAGAUGCCAGCGGAUGGGGAAUUGCUGGUUCUUUGAAGUACAUCCAUGGCAACUUUUAUCACAGUUGUGGAACUGCUGACAGCUCUUCAGUUUGCAAGAUAGAUUUUGCCAUUGAGACUGUAUAUAGUGCAAAGGUAUGGUAGGUUUUUGGGGUUGGGAGGGUAAAACCACUAGACAGCAUUUGGCUCUUAGAUCAUUAGAUCCGUGUUUCCCAAACUUGUUUCCAGCUGUUUGGGGGCUACAAUUCCCACCAUCCUUGACCACUGGUCUUGCUACCUAGGGAUGAUGGGAGUUGUAUUCCAAAAACAGCUGGAGACCCAGCUGGGAAACACUUCAUAGGUGGGGAACUACAGCCUUAGGGUAAAUUCACCCUUCCAAGUUUCUCUGUCUGGCCCUUGGGACGCUCCCCAGCACACCCCUUCUCUGCAAGACAUGUCAUAUUCACAGUGUUUUUGCCUUGCUGGAAAUGUGUCAUUGAAUAUUGAUAAUGUCUGUUGCUUGCCUUCAUGGAGGGCAGAUAGGGGUGUGUGUAUAAAGGCAAAAUUUACAUUCCUUGCUCUGCCCAGCUUUGUCUCUGGCCUUGCCCGUCACUGGCAUAUGGCCCCCAGAAAAGGUUGCUCAGAGUAGAAUGUGGCCAUUGAGCUGGAGAAGGUUCCCCACCCCCUAACAUAUACCCUCCAUAUUGGAUUGCAAGGCUCAUCCCUCACUCGAGCACAUGUCAGCUCUGCUUUUUAAUGAAUUAAAAGCCCCUGACUUAGCAUUUGGUUGUCGUGGUGUGCAGUCAGGGAGUUAGGUCAGCGGCAAACCUGCCACCACUGGUAUACGGCCCCCGGAAGGUUGCCCAGGAGGAAAUGCGGUCCUUGGACUAAAACAAGAUUCUCCACCUAGGAGAGCGGCAUUGGAAGUCCCACCUCUGCCACGGCCCAGCCAAAUUUUGGUCAGAGUUGGUUCUUCACUUGUGAAAUAAUAACACACAGGGUGGAUGAAUGAAGCAGACAGACCACAAAGGGCUCUGCAGAUUGCAAGUGGCAUGUGGGAAUUAUUUAGCAGUAACAAAAGCAUUUGGAUUCUCAUUGCAUUAAGGUACAGUAGAAUUGAAUGCAUGUUUUGGCAGGUGCUGUUGAGGAAAACCUCUAUGUCUCGCCUGCAUCCAAGCUAGAAAACCCCUCUCAUCAUGCGAGUUCCUUAAGCUCUACUGGCAGGCGCUUAGAAACAGAGGUGGUUUUGCAGCCGUCUCCUCUGUUGCUUUACACCAGGGAUGGGAAACCUUUAUUUUGUUGAGGGUUGCAUUCUUGGGGUGGUGGUAUUUUGUCUACGUGUUGGCAGUGAGGCCAGAAUCUAAAGUGAGUGGGGCCACCCAUUCCUUUCUCUCUGCCUGUGCUGCUGCCCUGUGGACAGCAUAGGAAGGGACACAUCACUCUUUCCACAGAAGUGAACUGAUAAUUUGCAUGCAGCUUUCACUCAGCCUCCUUCUAUUACUCCAUCUGUUUCAGGUUCCCUCUCCCAUUUCCCACCCUCCAAACUCCUUUCCUCCCUCGGACUCCUUCCACCCACCUGAAAUUAGGCCAAAGGCUGCACCCUUCCCACGCUCUGCUUUACCCCAAAGGUUUCUGGAUCGAAAAGAGCUCUAUCAGUUAGGGCUGGGCAAUAUCUGGUUUUCAACAUUGCGAUGUAUCACCAGCUAAAUAUCACAAUAUAUUGAUAUAUCACGAUGCUUGAAAUAAGGAUGGAACUAUCUAGAGGCAAACAGUAGGGCUGGGUGUUAUCUGGUUUUCAACAUUGUGAUAUAUCACCAGCUAAACAUUGCGAUAUCCAGUGGUACCUCUGUUUUCGAACAUAAUCUGCUCUGGAAGACCAUUCGACUUCCAAAACAUUUGAAAACCAAGGCGCAAAGGGCGGUCUGCAAAUUCAGUAGAGGAAAGGGGGGGGAACUCAGCGGAAGCUGUUCAACUUCCGAGGUGCGUUCGAAAACAGAAGCAUUUACUUCCGGGUUUUUGGCGUUCGAAAACCAAAACGUUUUACUUCUGAGACAUUCGAAAACCAAGGUACCACUGUACUGAUAUAUCACAGUGUUUGAAAUAAGGAUGGAGCAAUGUAGAGGCAUUGACUGGCUUCACAAUUCUUCCCAUGUUGUGAUUUUUGCAUAACACACAUCAUGAUUCGUGAUAUAUUGCCAGGUCAAAAAUUAUGAAGCUGAUAUCACGAUACAGACUUCAAAACCUCUGGGGAAAGACGUACCUCUUAAAAGCAUUUAAAGCUGGUUUAUGUAUAUGGUGGAUCUGAAAUGACACUAUUUUUUUCUGGAAAGGCUUGUCCAGUGAGGUGAAGGUAAUGGCCCUACUAAGAAUCUUGUGCAUUCUUAAUGGUGCAGAUUGAGAAUAUGUCUUACUGAGAUCUAGAGAUUAGAUUUCUAGAAAUUGGAAGCUCUUCCCCUUGUUUCUUCUGGUGUUUCUAUCUCCUGGUCCAGCUGAUGUCUCUCCUCCCCCUCCUAUGCUGCUUUGCUGAAGUCUUCGAUGAGAACCUGAACGCUAAAAUUGGCUCACCGCACUGUCAAUCCACAAGCAAAACCUAUGGGAUGUGCAUCAUUUAUUCUGAUCCUGGGAUUUAGAUUUCCACAUUGCAGGUUGUGGGCUAGCCUUGACACAAUGGAAGCCCGGGGGAAACCCAGUACUUCAUAGACGGGAGAAAUCAGUGCAGACACACACUCAAUCUGAGAAGGACCUUCAUAGUGCUGCACAUGAAAGGGAAUUAUUUAGAGCUUGAAAUAUUGUGAUAUAAAGAAAGAUAUAUCCUGUAGCUGGUGCAUGGGAGAAAUAGAAUAAUUACUCUUCCACGCUCCAGAUCUACAUUUCAAAAGAAAUGUUUGAAUUGCUGAUACAAAAGCAUGUUUUUGGGGAUGUGUGUGUGUCUCACAUAGUUCAUCUUCUCCUCUUCACUCCCACAACCAGUCUCAGGUUCUGGAGUUGUUACCUUAUUUACAAGGCUGGCUUACCUUGUUUUGGCGCUUUGUUUCUGAUGCUUGGUGUUCAUAGGACUGACAGAUGAACUAACAUAAUAUUAGACUAGAGCAAGGUUUCCCAAAUUGGGGCCUCCAGCUAUUUUUGGACUACAAUUCCCAUCAUCCCUGACCAUUGGUCCUGCUAGCUAGGGAUGACAUUUGCCUGGAGAGGAACCUGACUUUCAGUUGAGCUGUUGGGUGAUCCUCUUUUCAUGGCAGUUCCUUAAGAUGUUUGAUUUCGGUGGAGUCCUUGAAAAGAUGUUAGAAGAAUGAACUCCCAUCAAGCUCUUGCAAUCAUAUGAAUGAUGUUGCAAUUUGGGGAUGUGCCAGCAUGGGACGCACAUGACACAUUGCUGGCUGAUAGCAAAAGCAGGACUGGAGUAGGACAGAAUUGGUUUUGUGAGCCUAGCUGCUGCUGCUACUUCGCUUCCCAGUAGUGACUGGCUGCUGUGUUUUGAACAUGAAGAUUCAUCUCACACUGCAGAAGGUUUAUGAAAGAUUCCUACAGUGGUUGCAUCUAGAUUUGCAGAGCAGCUCUUAAAAUAAUAAUUUAAAAACACCACUUGGUUAGGAACAAAAGGGGAACUGGUGGUUUCCCUCCAAAAUCGCAGUUACAAUUUGGGUAAAGUGGGUGAGGCUUUCGUCUAGUUACACUUCUUCAUUUUCUAAGAUGGUUGGACGGACCUCUUUUCUCUCUUAAAGGAACCGAGCUUCCUUGUGGAAUUUCUCCUCCAGCUCAUGGAAGCCUCAAAGCACUGCAUUUUGAUAUGUCACCUUGGUGCACAGAAUCAUAGAGUUGGAAGGGACCCACAAGGGUUCUCUAGUCCAACCCCUGCAAUGCACAAAACUUUUUGCCUUCAGAUUGAGAGUCUCGUGCUCUGCCAACUGAGCUGGUGUAAAGGUGGGGAGCUGGUUCCUCCCAGGGGCCGCUCUCCUUUCUGGGCAACCUCACAGGAGCUCUGUGGAAGUCGUGGGCAGGGCCUGUGGCCAACGCAGAAAGAGCAGUAAAUGUGAAUAUCACCUUUAUACAGCAGGCUAAGUUUCUUCACACUCACAAGGUCCUUUCUAUCCUCCAUCCUCUUUUUUUAAAAAAAAUAAUAUUUAUUACUUUUCCAAAAAAUUUAAACACUAAAAAAAACCAAUACAAUACAAUACAUUAAACUAACAAAACAAAACAAAAACAAUAAAAUAAAUCAAACAAUUUCAUUAUCCCAUCUUUCAUUCACUUAUUUCCACGACCUCCUCACACCUCCCUUUUUGUAUUCCACUUCUGUUAAUUAUUUCAGCAAUUCCUUUCCAUCUUCCUCUGUUUUCUAUCCUAUAAUUAUCUUAACUCAUUCUAUCCUCCAUCCUCACAAGCAAGGAGUUCAUCAGAGUUCAGGGACACAUUCUAGCCAGGCAAACACACAUGAGGAGCGUGCAAAGCAGGGCUGGUGAGGGAUGUGGCUUGGGAGGUUGCAUGGUUUGCAGACAGUGAUACUUGGAGUGACGUAUCUGGCUCCCAGGCCUGAGGGUCCCCAUCCCUGUUUUAGAUGGAAGAUGUUCAGCGGAAUUGCUCCACUUUCUCCCCUCUAUUCCACACAGCCUUCCAAUUUAUUUAUUUAUUUAUCAUUUUUAUUUAUUUUUUAUUGAUUAUGAUACAUAAAUUUUAUCUAUGUACACAUAUAAGUAGAUGAUUAUGAACCUAAAAUGUUAUUCAUAUAACAUGGUGAUGUUAUCUGGAUGUAAGCAUCUCUUUAGAAAGUCAGUUAAUUAGAAAGUCCACACAACGCUGAAAGGUUCACUAUUUGGUUAAGAUUUAAAGAACUUUUUCUCCCACUUCCAACAAGAAAAAUACAGUAAUGUUAGAAAAUGGCAACCUGUUGUAGCCGGUGGUUUUACAGAAUUUAUCCAGAGCUGCAGCUGUCAGAAGUGAGUUAGGCUUCCCCAAGGAAGUGUAGACAGCUAUCAUGGGAAGUUUAGGGGCUCUUAAAUAUGGAAAGGCAGCAUAAAAAUAAAAUGAUAUAGAAGUUCAAACUUCUCUCUGAGUUCUGUUUUGAUUUGGAAGUCUGAAUGCGAGUUCUCGGAGGUCAUUCAGAGGGAAGUAAUAGUACCACUCUAUUCUGCCUUGGUCAGACCACACUUGGAAUACUGCGUCCAAUUCUGGGCACCACAAUUUAAGGAGGCUGUUGACAAGCUGGAACAUGUUUAGAGGAGGGCAACCAAGAUGAUCCGGGGUCUGGAAACUAAGCCUUAUGAGGAGCACUUGAAGGAGCUGGGUAUGUUUAGCCUAGAAAAGAGGAGACUGAGAGGAGAUAUGAUAGACAUCUUCAAAUAUCUCAAGGGCUGUCACAUGGAGGAGGGAGCAUGCUUGUUUUCUCCUGCUCUGGAGGGUAGGACUCAAACCAGUGGCUUCAAGUUGUAAGAAAGGAGAUUCUGACUAAACAUUUGGAAAAACUUUCUGACAGUGAGAGCUGUUCAGCAGUGGAUCAGACUCCCAUGAGAGGUGGUGGACUCUCCUUCCUUGGAGGUUUUUAAGCAGAGAUUGGAUGGCCAUCUGUCAUGGAUGCUUUAGCUGAGAUUCCUGCAUUGCAGGGGAUUGGACUAGAAUCAGUGGUGUCCAAACCUUUUUCAAAGAGGGCCAGAUCUGAUGAAGUGAAGGGCCGUGGGGGCCGACCAAAGUUGUUGAGUUUUUUUUUUAGGAUUUUACCCCAGGAAAUAAGCUGCCACAGGGGCCGGAUUAAACCGACCGGCAGGCCAAAUUAGGCUCCCAAGACAGACUUUGGACAUGCCUGGACUAGAUGAGCCCUUAGGGUCCCUUCCAACUCUACAAUUCUAUGAUUGUCACUUCAUCCUUCACUUUCUAGCAUGGGAUUCUACUUUACUUUUCUCCUCUCCAAUGUAGCCCAGACCCUACAGCAGAAGAGAAAUGAAUAUAGAAGGGAAACAACUCCCAUGAGCUCCAUCCUGUGUGGAAGUUGGAAGUCCACAAUAUCUGGAGGUCACCAAGUUGGACGAAGGCUGCUUUAGAAUAUAAGACACGAUCCCUUCCCCAAGUAUUUUACAAUCUAAAAUUUGGCACAGACAGUGAAGGAAUGGAGACAUAGGAAGCUGCCUUAUACCAAAUCAGAUCGUUGGUGUGCCCAGUCUACACUGACUGGCCGUGGCUCUCCAGGGUUCCAGACAGGAACCACUACCUGGGGAUGUCGGGGAUUGAACCUAGGAGCUUCUGUGUGCAAGGCAAAUGCUCUACCGUUGAGCUUAGAGCUCUUAGAGAAAUGGCAGCAGAUUGGGGAAGAGCAUGUAUGGCUUUCAUUUAUGUAUGCUUUCACUUGGCUACUGCAGUGUCCAGAGGACUCUGUACUUGUGCCAAAGGUGUGUCAGGAAAUGUGGGCAUUGAGUAAGGAUUUGAAGGAAAUGAGAGGUGUGACAAGAGAGAGGCAAGAGUUGAAAAGCAGAGUUUGGCAACAAGGUUGGCUGGUCCUGGUGAUAAGGAAGCUCUCGGGGACAGGCUGCAGCUCAGUGAAUAUUAUGCAUGCAAAUACCGCUGGUUCAACCCGCAGCAUCUUUAAAUAGGCCUGGGAACCCUUGUCUGAAACCCUGGAGAGUUGCCAGUCAAUGUAGGCAGGCUCUGAGCUCAGUGGAACAAUGGCCUGACUCUGUACCAAACAACUUCCUGUGUAAUGCUGCUCAUCGCUGAUGUUAGGCUUGUAACUAGCUAGUCACCUUUAAUAAAGUGUGUGUUGCAGGGUUGUUUUUGUCUUGGUCUGCUUAAAAGUGUGUCUUUUUUCCCUCUAAGCACCCAGCCCAGAAAAAGCACCUCUCUCUCCAAAAAUAUCGCCCUCUAAAAAUAUUUUUGGAAAUGUCAACUUCUUUCCCCGCCACCCCUCCAGUCGGCAGCUAUUAAUGGACAAAUGUUGUCAGGGCUACCAUGCAACCCGAUUACAGAACAAUUUGCAACACAACUGAACCCAAAAUAGUAAGAGAGAGUUCACUGUUGUCUGUUGCAACAGAUGUUCCAAUUGCUUGGCACCUGGGUUUGCUGCAGUGUGUUUGCAAGCCAGCCUAGGUGGGGAAGAGAACAUCACUUUGUCCUUCCUUGGCAUACAAAAGAGGUCUGCUCAAAUCUGUGAGGAAGCUGGGUUUGUCUGUGGAGCCUUCUGCUUUCCAGAACUGAAGUGGCAAUGGGCUGCAGUCUCUGGCCAAGCAGACAUGGAGGCUUUCAUGCAUAACUUGAUGGGAGUGAAAAGUGAGUUGCCAAAUGUUUUUUCCCAUGUUGGCCUUGUAAAGCCAUGUUGGGCAGUCAGUACUGUAAGGAAGAGCUCGCUGAUGAAAAGCAGACAUUCACCAUGCAAGUGUGAUUGCUGGAUUGCCAAAUGGAGGUGACUUGAAUGCACUAAAAAAGUAUUAUAAAAAAAAGGUAAAGGACCCCUGGCAGUUAAGUCCAGUCGCAGACAACUCUGGGGUUGCAGCGCACAUCUCGCUUUACUGGCCGAGGGAGCUGGCGUUUGUCCGCAGACAGUUUUUCCGGGUCAUGUGGCCAGCAUGACUGAGCUGCUUCUGGUGAAACCAGAGCAGCGCACAGAAACGCCGUUUACCUUUCCGCUGGAGCGGUACCUAUUUAUCUACUUGCAUUUUUGAUGUGCUUUUGAACUGCUAGGUUGGCAGGAGCUGGGACCGAGCAACGGGAGCUCACCCUGUCGCAGGGAUUCGAACCGCCGACCUUCUGAUCAGCAAACCCAAGAGGCUCAGUGGUUUAGACCACAGCGCCACCCGUGUCCCGUCCCCCCCAAAAGAAGUAUUAUAGGCAGUGCUAUUUUUUGAGAAAAAAAGGUGCUGGAGCUCCCCAUGAAUGCCCCCCUUGUUCUCUUACAAUGGCAAUAGCACACACAGGUGCCAGAACUGAAUUCCGGCUGGGGGAAAACCCUGAAUAUAGGAAUUGCAUCUUAUGUAUUGAUAUACCAUUCAUCAUCACUAGAUUCUGUAGCAAUUUACAAUAUGAAGAAACAAUAUAAUAGAUGCCCUUAGAUCCAGGUUUCCUAAAUAGUGCUCCACGAUGUGUCCGUAAGGAAGACACAUACUAGUGCCCCAAACUGGGGGAACUUUCAGGGAAAGUUGCAAUUCUAAGGCUUGAUGGCUCAUAAUGUCAUUUUUAGAAUAAUACCAUGGCUUAAAAGAAAACUGGAGAGUGAAUGCUACUGAUUGGGUGCCACAUUGAAAAAAGGCUCCCUUCUCUUACUGUAACUUACCUCACCUCUGGUGUUGGGGCACCCAGAGGAAAGUAUUGGUUAAGGUACCCUGCAGCCAACCUAAAAACCCUUUAGAGAUUCCUACGCAUACAGCUGAGACCUUCUCCUGCCUCUGUGAACUUGAAAUGUUCACAGGUAGAAGUGAAAGUGUCUGCAUCAAUAACAGACUUCUCAGGACCCUCUCCAAUCCCGUAAACAAGACAUAAAACUGAUUAAAUACAUUGCAGUGUACUUCUGCCCUGAGUCAACUUGCAUUCUCGUUCAUGGAUUUGAUACUGUUGGAGACACACCUUCUGAAUGCACCCAGGUCCCAUCCCUGCAUGGAGACUGGUUCCCCAUUGCUAUUGUAAAUCCUUGUUUAUAUACUCUGAAUCAGGGGAGGGAAACCACAGCUCUACAGAUAUUGCCGGACUGCAGCUCCCAUCAGUCCCAGGCAGCAUAGCCAGUGGUCAACAAUGAUGACAGUGGCAGUCCAGAAACAUCUGCAGAGCUACAGAUGUCCUCCCCCCUUCCCUAAAUGCAUCAAAUGUUAAUUGGUAUUCUAAUUGCUAAUCCUCUGUGCAUGACAUCUUGGCCAAAAUGCUUUAUGCAACUUGGUGUCUGAGUACUUGGAAGCAGCUAGCCUUCAUGUAUGCCCUGGUAUGAAUUAACCCAUCUGCAAUGAGCAAUGGCCACAUAAAUGAAGCUGCCACCUUUGAAUUUUGCUUUGUGGUGGUGACUUGAGCUUCGUAUGUGCCGCAGCCAUUUAAAUUUCCUUCUUUCAAGAUUUCUAAACCAUGUCCCUGUUUUUCACAGUGUUCCAUGGAGAGACCCUGAUGCGUGGGUGGAGAGUCGGACUCGUUGCUGCAAUGCCUUCCUGUUCCUCUGAGGAUAGCAUGUAAGUCUUCCAUUAUGGUUGCUCUCUCGUAGACCAGACAAGUGUGCUUCUCAGACAGUCUGGACCACUCUGCCACUAGCAAAAGACAGCCCCUCUUUUGGCGAGCCAAUAUUAUAGCUGAUGUCUUUGGAGGGCUGUUUGUGUCUGGAGGGUGGUGUGAGCCGGCAGUGAGGUGCAGGGUCCUUUAAACCUCUCCAUUGAGGGGCGCACAGCCACACACCCCUCAAUGGACAGGUGGGGUGGAGCCCACACCUCAUUGCUGGCUAGCGGGAUCUGACGCCGAGAUGCUUAUUUACUUGAGUCUAAUGCGCCAUCUAAUGUGCACCCAAUUUUUUUGCAGCAUAAUUUGGCAAAAAAAAAAAAAGGUGCUCAUUAGACUCGAGUAAAUGUGGUAUAUUGGAAGCUGCCUUUCAACUUUCCGAUUCUAUGAUCUGUGGUUGUAUAAUUCUAUCCUGGCUGGCUUAUUUACCUCCAUAAACAACACAGGCCAAAUGCCUGCUGGAUGGAAAAUGAGUAUCACUCUCCUGAUUUAUAAGAAAGGGAACAGGAAUGAUCCACAAAACUAUCGGACAAUCUAGCUCAGAAUUAUCUGUUCUGCCUGGCAGUAGCUCUCCAGGGUCCUGGCCAGUGAUUUUCCCAGCACCUGCUGCUGAGAUCCUUUAACUGGUGUAACCAGGAUCAAGCCUUUUUGCAAAGGCACAUAUUCUACCACUAAGCUAUGGUCCCUACUGCUUUUCAUAGACACAAUCUUUUGUCUCUUAUAAUCUUGUUUUCAGUUGUGAAUUUUAAGGAAGUGUUUGGAUGCAAAGGGGGGACAGCACAUCAGCCAAACUCUCCUUGGUUCUCUGUCUAGCGUCCUGCAACUAGGAGUGCACAGAUGGGGGGAAAGAGCUGUGGCUCCAACUUGCACAGAGUCCCACCCCUGGUGGGACAAAUGUAAGCUUACUAUUGUUUGGUUCCUUCAACCAGGGGAGCUGGAGUCUUGAUUAAAACAUGAUGAUGAUGAUGAUGAUGAUGAUGAUGAUUUUAAGAGGAUUGAUUGACCUCUUAAGGAGGAGGAACUAUAAUCAGACUUAAGCAGAAAGCCAAGUGUGUGUCAGAAAAUGGAAGCACCUUUUGAAACCCAGACAGUGUUGGAAUCGUGCCCCUUGCAUUCUCCUGGUAUUUGGGUUCACUGCAGGGUCACUUCAGAAUUGCAGCUAAAGGCAGGUUUAAAGCCAUCCAAGCUGGCCAUCUUUGUCUCUUGUGAGAGCUUAUUCCAUAGUUUAGCUUUGCGCCAUGUGAAGAAGUACUUCCUCUUGCCUUUCCUGAAUUCAGCUUUAUUGGAUGUCCUCGAGUUCCAGUGUUAUGAGAGAGGAAGGGGGGGGGAGCCUAUGUAAUUAAUCUUACUGUUUUUGUGCAGUUGCCUGUGGCCACAGGCAAUAAACACUUACUUUGAAAUGAGCUUUAUGCAAAUCUGCACAGAGCUUCUGGUUAGUUUGUGGGUUUAAUGACACACAAUGCUAAAGGAUUAAAAUAAGUUUCACCCUCCUCAAGCCCUCAUCUCUCUUCCCCAUCCCCCAAACAUGUGUGACUUUGUGCGUUUUCCCUUCACCAACUUUUUAUAGGUCUGUACGCACAUUGGGUUUUUGAAUGAGUGUGAUGGGUGCCACUCCCUGUGGUCACACGCCCCCUCUGCUAAUCACCAUCACCCUACAUAUAUAGAGAGAAAGCCCUCACACUUAGCUUUUUCAAGGGAUCUGUGUAAAAAUGUGAUCCCGUAAAAUUAAUCUGAGCCUUGACUCCCUUGGGAGGUUGUGGACUCUCUCCUUCAUUGGAGCUUUUAAAGCAGAGAUUGGAUGGCCAUCUGUCAUGGAUGCUUGAGCUAAGAUUCCUGCCUUGCAGGGGGUUGGACUAGAUGACCCUUGGGUCCCUUCCAACUCUAUGAUUCUAUGUCAGUGAUGGUUUUUUGAAUGUGUUGUUUGGUAGUUUUCCUCUGCAUAAAUGAGUUCUGGUCUAACCGAGUAAAACAGUACAUUAGACUUAAAGCUGAGAACCUAGGGUUUAUGCCUCGCCCAAAGUGUGGACAGUCUUAAUGAAAUUCAAUGGGCAAUUCCUGUUUCCAGUUGAACUUUGGUAAUCUGGCUGGCAGGCACCCUUGGGCUGGCCCUAUAGAGAGCUGGAGGGUGAAGAAUAUCCUGUAACCUGUUUUGCAGGAGCCUUUGCUGUUCAAACAGCAAACUUCAUGUGGGUGUCAGAAGCAAAUGCGCUCGCUGUCUCUGAACUCAUUUUAUGGCCUUGGGCAAGUCUCCCUUAGCCUCUUGUUCUUCCCUACUGAAAAUCUAUUCCAACAAAUUGUGGUUCUCUACUCUGCCUAUAAAAAUUAAAAGUGCAAUGUGCUUGUCCUACUUAGAAUAGGCAGGUUGAAAUAAAUGGGCAUGACUAAUGAAGGUCCAUUAAUUUCAGUGGGUCUACUCUAACAGAAUUGGAUAUAGCCCUAGGUUCUUUUUAGUUCUGUCCACAAGGGACAGCAAAGCUUUUGUGAGCAUAAGUGUAGGAAUGUUUUUUUGUGCGUGAGUAACAUUUAAUUGUAAUUGGUGUCUGCUUCCUUCUUGCAUUUGGUCAGGUUCGUAGGGUUAGUAGUCUUCAACCUUUUCAGACCCAGUACCCACUUUUAAUCCAAAUGUGCAUAUAGGAACCCAUGUCCUAACCUUUUGUCAUAUAUUUGCAUGUUGGUAGUACUCCUGUUGCAACCCACCUUGGAUCAGGCUGUGACCCACUAGUGAGGUCUGACCCACCAGUGGAAGACCAAUGGGCUAGGCAAUUGCCCUUUUCCCUCCUGCCCCAUAUGUCCUGCCAUGAGAGAAGUUGUCUGAAUUUGCAUUUGCAAGUAAGACACAAGUUUAGGCUUCAGUCACUUGAAGUCAUUUGGGUGCUGUCCUGCAGAUUACCUGCUAGGAAGCCAAUUCUGGAGCAGACUUUGAACGUCUAUCCUCCUUCAGCCAAGAAAUAUUUCCCAGCUUGCCUCUGGUGUGAGUUGGUUGCAGAUUUGACGCUGUUGGAUCCAGGGCUCGAUAGAGACAAGGAAUGGCUGGCUUGGUACAGCAACUUAAGAGAUGAUAAUAAUAAGAAGUAAUUGUCCAUCUUGAAGCAUACUGAUGCAUACUGGUCAUCUUCCUUUGCCAAUUCAUCGCCAGCUGGGAGUGGGUCACAUCCACUCGGAUUUCAUCUUUCCAGCUCUCUUGACUGGCUCUUGUUUGCAUUCAUGCUCUGCAUAGUAAUGGGACACACCUAAUUCUUGCAUUGCUGGGGCCUUCUGGCAUCAUUUCUCUCUCCUUCUUGUGUGUGUGUGUCUGUGCAUAUACACACACAGUUCUGCCAGCUAAGGAUAACGUGUCAUGCAUCUAAAAUAGGCUCUUCAUAACCAUCCCACCUCCCACUGGCCGCCUCAUCCCAUCCUAUUGUGGGAAGAGCCACUGCUUUGUUCUAAUGGUGCUUCCCUGUGUGUAUAGCUUUUUAAAAAGCCAGAACAGAGAUGUCUUGUUCUACUCCCUUUCUGCUGCCGCUGUGGGAUUUGUGUGUGUUGUCUUGAUUCUGCCUUUCUAUCAGAAAAGAGAUUUCAGGCAGUGAGCGGAAGAAGUUUGAAGGAGAUGCACUACUGACAUUUUCAAACCACAGAACAACAACCCAUAGCAACCAUUAUCGAUUCACCAACAGUCUCAGUUUCCUGAUCUUUAAAAGCCCUCUUAUGGAGGCAGGUCUUCAACGUGUGGUGUGGAAGGGCUACACCAUGAUGGGGUCAGGUGGGCCUCCCUAGGAAUGGCAUUCUGCAAGAAGCCGAGAAGGCCCAGUCUCUCAUACCACCUGUUGAAUUUCAGAAGAUGGAGGGACAUGGAGCAGGGCCUCGGAUGCUGAUCCGAUCGUGCAUCACAGAGGUGCGUAAGGGAGGCAGUGGCUCUGGUAUCUUCAUCCUAGGCCUUCUCAGAUUACAGCCACUGUCUGCUGAUUUUUGCACAUGUGCUGCAACAGCAGGCAGCUAUAUGCCAGGAUGUUUCAUCCUCUGGGACUGAACCUUGGGCCAGGUUGGUGAGUUUGAGGGCCUCUUCUCAACAGGGCUGGGUUGGAAAGGAGGCAGCAUAAAUUUAGAAGAGACUUGAGAUAAAAAAAAAAACAGCCACCACCAUCCAGAGACUGAGAUACACUACUGCUGAAUAACAAUGGUGGUGCCUGUCGCCAGUCAUUAUAUGUUACUUUCAUAGAACAGCUAACUAAUACUGAGCUAUGGAUCAAAAGGUCCCUGGUUCAAAUCUUGCCCUGAGGCAAGUUGCACUUUGUUCUUCUCAAUCCCCACACCCCGUGCGUCUUGGCUCUGCCCACUAUUGACAUGCAGCCUCAGGAAGGAGGCCUCUAAGGAUACAGACCAUGGGCUGAAAAAAAUGUUAUAAGGAUGAAAACUAGAUUGCUCUGAACACCUGAAAGUUCUAAUACAGAGCUUUCCAAACGUUACAUGUUUGUGACACGUGUUUUGGACAUGCAUCAUUUCGCGUGACACAGUAAUUCAGUUUUGCUAGCAAACCAGAGGCUAAACUAACCCCUUUCCAGCCCCGGGAAGAGUGCGGGGAGCGUUCACAUGACACACCUACACAUUGCAGCCAACACACUACCGUGUCACGACACACAGUUUGGAAAGCUCUGUUCUAAUACAAAGUGUUGAGUGUGUGUCUGUGUGUGUCUUUAUCUAGAGAGGGGAAUCUUGAAAGCAUCAAGCAGCAUCAAACUUCAGACAAGUUUUCUCCGGAUCUCAGAAGAAUGCAGUUAAUCAGUAAAAUGAUAUGUUAAUUACGGUGACUAACAAUGUUAAAUGUUUUAAAGCAAGAUGGAAGUGGAAACAUCGUCAACUGCUCCUGAGAUACCUUUGUGAAGGGUGGGAUAUCAUUAACGCCAACUUUGGACUGUGUGAUUACUGACCGGGUACCACAAACACACAUCCGCUGUGCAUAGGGAAUCCUUUUAUACUUUCCCUCCAAAUAGGCAGAAGGCAUUGUUUGGAAAUGAAGGACCAUGAAAGCUUUUCUAAGAGCAGCAAAAGUUCGAUCUUGAAAGUACUGUUGAAAGUAUUGAUUUCCCUUUAAUGAACUGAACCAAGCGGGAAAAUGCUUGGAAUUGGCUGGCAAGUACAUUUCCCUGAGAAACCUACCUCGAAAAUUCUUUUUCGAAUGAAAAAUAUAUCCGUACAAACUCGGGGGGUCUGAGCACCCUCAAAGUCAGAUUAUAACAAUGUUAACCAGCAUUGGGCUCAGUGUUGUUCAGUGAAACAUCGCUUCCAAAUUACUUUCCUCAAAAUCCACCCAUCUCUCCCCAUAAAGUAUGGAUGAUUUAUGAGUGCUUGCUUUUAAAAACUGUAUUCAUCAGAGAUCUGCCUUAAACCUGAAAGUAUUUGCUGCCCUUUUUAUGACAAAAACUUGCAUCGUUAGCAUAUCUGCCCCUGGAAAGGCAGAUAACUUUUUCAUUCAUGGAGUGUGCCAGGGAGGCUGCCCUGGCAGAGCUGAAAGUUUUGUAAAGAUGGUGUAGAGGAGCUGGCAGCCUCCAAGAUAAAACCAGGUUUGAGCACUCACUCCAGUUGGAAGAGAGCAGCGAUGUGCAUUACCUGGCCCACUGGGACAAUGUCCCUAUGAGGCGGGCUGCUGUGCUUCCAAGAGCCCUUAAAGACAGCUCUGCACAGAACACACUUUAGUCUAGCUUUGAGCCAUGAUUAGAACCAUCUGCUAUCCCAGCCAGGCUCAAUACUCCAUGUCCUUUUUAAUGAUAACUUAGCACUUUUUAUGGGACUGGAUCAGGGUGGGCAACAUGCAGUCCUCUGAUUUAUCCCACAGAAGGCAAGUCGUUCUGUCGCCAUCAUAGCCUUUUUUAUAUUGCUGCAGUAUCACUUUUUAUACUCUAUCCUCACCCCCCUUUCCCCAGGCACAUUGCUCCAGCACGGGGUUUUUUGGUGGGGAGGAUGCGGGCCUUUAGAUUUCCACUGUAAAAUCCAAACUUGGAGACUGGUAGAAAGUGCAGCAAAUGGAGCCAGGAAUCCAAACUUGGCAGUAGCUCGAUGCAAACUGUGGGUAUCGUAAAGCUCCUUGGAUGCUUAGCUAUUAAAAUGCAUUUAUGGUUUUUAAAUAGCUUCCUGAAAAAGAUUCUGGGUCAGAGUCAUCUGUCUCGGCAAAUUCAGCUCAUGAAUCGACCUCUUUGUAACCCUGUGUUACAGUAAGAAUUUUAGGAAUUUCCUUUGAUUACCUCUUGCCAGUCGGCCACUGGGAGAAGCCACAGCUGCUUUCUAGGUGCAGAGGUGAGGAAAUGUGGCGUCACACAGUUUAAAGGGUGCUUCCAAAUGGAGAGACCUGGGGCGGUGGGGGGUCAUUUAGGUACACCCACAAUAAAUGUGGAGACUGUGCUGAAUCCACAUGUGUGGUUUUUUUCCUGGCAGAUUUGAAGCAUAUUGAGCUAGCACAAGGGGUGUUUGUGUAAGCAAUUUUUAUUGCACAAUAAUGUGAUGAUGUCUCUCAUGCUACCUGUCCUGCCUCCUCGAGAGGCAAGCAGAAUCACAUAGAAUUUGCGAACCAACAACCUUGGUCACAGCAUUGCAGAAGCAUGCUGUUUAAAAAGGCUUCGAUAAAGCAACAAUGCCAGUCUUAAUGGGGGCAUACCAGGAUGCUAGAUGAGCCCUCUCAGGGCUGCGGGGGGACGUUCAGCUUCACCUUGGGGAAAAGACCAUAGGUCAGGGGUCCCAUGUUCAAUCCCUGGCAUCUGUCAUUAAAAGCAGCAGUUGGCAGGAAGUUGUUCAUUUAAUUCUUUAAUUUAAGCCAUUUCUACACCUCUUAAUCAUUAGCAUUUCUUAGCACUGUACGUAGCCAUAAACCAUGCAGGUUCAGCAAGGAGGACGUGCCUACCUGAUCUCAGCUGGGAGGGAGUUCUACUGGCUUGGGAUCACAUGCACUAAAUACAUGGCUUCUGGUAAAUCACAAGAUGCACCUCUGAACUAUGGCUGAUCACCAAUGGAGACUCCCUUCAAAUAUUUUGGUGAUCAGGUGGCAAUAUAAAGGAUCAGGCAGUCCUUGUGAUAUCCUGGACCUAAGCUGAUUAGUAAGGGCCUUGUGCAAUGAUAUUAUUUCCCUGAGAUCUUGUACCAAAGUUGGCCAGUAUUUGCCAGCCUGGUGACCUCCAGAUGAUGUGUCAUCAGCCAGUUGCCCCAAACACCUGGAGAAUAUCUUCGUUUUCAUUGAUUCAGUCAACGGCUGAAAUUGGCUACUUGUGACAACUCUGAUUUCUAGACUUCUUUGCAUAUACGAUCUGAUUGCAACCCUAUAAUGGCCUUAUAAAAAUAGGUUGGGGGAAAAGGCUCUUAGACUAAAAAUUACCAGAUGAGUUCAUGGCAGAGGAAAGAUCCGAGCUAACUAUUUCCCCAUCCAUCGCUCAGUGACCUAGCCACUAGGCUACACUAGGUUGUCUUCAAUUUGCAGGCUGCACCAGAAUCCUUGCCUUGAGAGCUUCAGCAGGGCUCACAUGCAAAGUACUGCCCCAGAAACGGCCACUUCCUGUGCUGUCAGGGCAAGCCCGGCCAAACACAUUUUGCACUUCUGCAAGGCUGCAUUGCACAACUGGGAGGGUGCACAAGAAUCCUUCAGAGACUGCAAUCUUGAGACUGUGGAUGACAUAAGAGUUUAGCCAGAGUAUCCAAAGUGGGAACAAAGGAUGAGGUCAUAUAUUGGAUGGGACUGUUUAGCCCAGUGCUGUCCUCUCCAGUGCUCCCCAAAAUCCUUCUCCAGGUAUUUUGGGCAACUGACUAUAUAUUCAACUGACUAUAAGUGCAUCUUUCAUUAAUUGGGCAACACACCUUUUUAAAGUUAGUUGCUUUCAAUUUAAGUAUUUCUAUGAACUACAGAUGGCAGCGGUAUCUUAGGUAAUUUCCUCCAUUCUCUUGCUUGGAAGGUGGCACCAACUGUGAUGCAUACAUGCAAAGGUAAAGGACCCCUGGACGGUUAAGUCCAGUCAAAGGCGACUGUGGGGUUGCGGCGCUUAUCUCACUUUCAGUCCGAGGGAGCCAGCAUUUAUCCACAGAAAGCGCUCCGGGUCAUGUGGCCAGCAUGACUAAACCGCUUCUGGUGCAACAGGACACUGUGAUGGAAACCAGAGCACAUUGAAAUGCUGUUUACCUUUCUGCCACUGCGGUAUCUAUUUAUCUACUUGCACUGGCAUGCUUUCGAACUGCUAGGUUGGCAGGAGCUGAGACAGAGCAACAGGAGCUCACCGUCGGUCGGAUUCGAACCGCCGACCUUCCGAAUGGCAAACCUAAAAGGCUCAGUAGUUUAGAUCUUGUGUCGAUUGCAGUAGUCAUUGUAUCACCACCAUGUUCAUUAUUUUAUUGUUAUUUCUAAACCAUAGGAGCCAACUCCUAGAGACUGUGGGAUCUUUGGCCCCCCAAUAAAAUAUCUGAGGAGGCUGCCUCCCCCCAAGUUGAUGGGCAUUGCCAUUCAAAUGGUGUGUGUGUACUGCGUCAUGUGAUCAGUUAUGCAGGGCGGGGCUUACACAAACACCCCAAUAUUUUAUUCAUGUUGGCACCCCUGUUCUAAACAAUUUCCCCACCCUCUUCCCCCUAGGUUGCUCCACCGUCAAUGA